ACUCUCUGCUUCAUCUUCGCCAUCCGCCACCCAGACUCCCCGUCCACCACGAUCCGUCAUCCCUUCUUCCACCCCCCGCCUCCUCCUCCUCCUCCUCCUCCUCACCAUCAACCCCUCAUAAAUUCUUCCUCGCUUCCUUCCUUGUCCCAAACGCGCCACACCAACGAAGCAACCAACGCGUCGCCAGCCAGCCAGCCGAUCUCCGACUUAAAUGCUGCCUCCUUUCUGACCCUUUAUUAUCCUCGGUCCCCGGCCGGCGUUGCCUCGACUCCGAGUCGCUCUCAGUUCAAAAGCAUCCACCCUUUUCCCCCAAUCUUUUCGAUCUCCCCUUCCUUCCUCUGUUUCGUUUCUUGCCUUUUUGGCUCCGGGAAGGAAUUUCCGGCAUUCACAUGCGACUCUCGCCCCCCACCCUAUCCCUUUCUCCCCGAGCUGUUGGUGUCACCACAGGAUCGAUCGGAUAGGAAAUCCCAGGCCGAGAAGAAACCGUGUCUAGUUUUCGGUUUCGUGCGCAAUCCCCCAUUGCCGUUUCUUGAAGCUCUUUCACUCCGCCCUCCGAUUUAUACUCCCUUCGCCGGCAUUGUCCCGGGUGUCCCCUGUUCGACCGAUUCGAUUCCCGCCUCCCUUCGGAUCGGCAAAUCUCGGAGCUUCCCCUGGUCCUGAUUCCCAACCCGUCGCGACGGGAGAUCUUUAAUCUUUCGUCAGUUCGCCGUUUGUGAGAGGCCCAAUGGCGGCGAAUCUGGGCGCGUGGCUUUGUGUGCUGGCGGCGGUGGCGGUGGCCGCCGUGCUCCCCCCGGCGGCGGACGCGCUGGGGAUGAACUGGGGCACGCAGGCCACGCACCCGCUCUCGCCCAGGAUCGUCGUGCAGAUGCUAAAGGACAACGGCAUCAAGAAGGUCAAGCUCUUCGAUGCCGACCAGGCCACCCUCAGCGCGCUCGCCGGCACCGAUAUCGAGGUCAUGGUCGCCAUCCCAAACAACCUGCUCGACCUCAUGAACGAAAAGGAUAACGCCAGGGAGUGGGUGCGCCACAACAUCUCCCGUUACCAUUUCGACGGCGGCGUCAACAUCAAAUAUGUGGCCGUGGGCAAUGAACCCUUUCUGGCGUCCUACAACGGCACCUUCGACAAGGUCACCUUCCCGGCGCUGCAGAACAUCCAGAACGCGCUCAACGACGCCGGAUUCAGCGAGAUCAAGGCCACAGUGCCGCUCAACGCCGACGUCUACAACUCGCCCUCGGCCAACCCGGUGCCGUCGGCGGGCCGGUUCCGGACGGACGUCACCCAGCUCAUGACGCAGAUGGUGCAGUUCCUGGCCAACAACAGCGCGCCAUUCACCGUCAACAUCUACCCCUACCUCAGCCUCUACCUCAGCGCCGACUUCCCCGUCGACUUCGCCUUCUUCGACGGCCUCGCAACGCCGGUGGUCGACGGCGUCAACACGUACACCAACGUGUUCGACGCCAACUUCGACACGCUGGUGUCCGCGCUGGCCGCCGUCGGCCACGGCGACCUGCCCAUCAUCAUCGGCGAGGUCGGCUGGCCGACGGACGGCGACAAGCACGCCAACAACGCACUCGCCAAGCGCUUCUACGACGGCCUGCUGCCGCGGCUGGCGUCCAACACCGGCACGCCGCUCCGGCCCGCGCAGUACAUGGAGGUGUACCUGUUCGGGCUCCUGGACGAGGACGUCAAGAGCGUGGCGCCGGGCGCGUUCGAGCGGCACUGGGGCGUCCUCCGCUUCGACGGCCAGCCAAAGUUCCCCAUGGACCUCACCGGGAAAGGGCAGAACACGAUGCUGGUGCCGGCCAAGGGCGUGAAGUACCUGCCCAGGACGUGGUGCGUGUACAACCCCAACGCCGAGGACAAGAGCAAGCUGGUGGAGAACGUGAACUACGCCUGCACCUUCGCCGACUGCACCGCGCUCGGCCUCGGCUCCACCUGCUACGGCAUGGACGUCAAUGGCAACGCCUCUUACGCCUUCAACAUGUACUUCCAGGUGCAGAACCAGAAGGACGAGGCCUGCGACUUCCAGGCGCUCGCCGUGCCCACGCAGACCGACCCCUCCACCGCCGCCUGCAACUUCCCCAUACAGAUCGCCGCCUCCUCGACGUCGGGUGGCCGCCGGCGGACGCGCGCCGGGCCGCUCGGCGCCGCCGCUCUGCUCGUGCUGGCUCUGGCCCAGCUCUUGAUCUCGCAUUAGGGAAUGCAACAGAGUUACUUGUUUUACAUCAGUUGAUCAUUUGUUGCCUCGUAUAUUUUUUGGAUCUGCAGUAGUUACUAGCAGUAUUUCAGUACGAGUCUUUGUACUGGAGGCAUAUAUACCUGAGGAUAUAUGUUCAGAUGGCAUUUCACAGAUAUUCAAACACCUGAUGUGCUUGA